CAGGAACGUUUCUAAGCUUGCUUAAUUUUGACGGGAACUUUCCGUGAGUAAUUGAGUGUGACAGGGACUUUAUCAAGUCAAAGAGUGACUGUGCGACAUGGUGUCCUUUCGUUUAGGCCUGGUAAUCGUUUACCUCCAUCUACAUCCCAGGACAGCAGACCCUCAGACCAGGUCUGACUUCAUUGGAGCCCUCAUUAUCGACUAUGAUAACCGGAUACCGCCAAACUUUGAGAAAAACAAUUACACAGAGGUUAAUGUCAGCUUGUUCAUCAACAAUAUUGAUUCAAUUAGUGAAAGAUCAAUGGACUUCACAAUGAAUGCGUUCAUUCAACAAGAGUGGUUUGACUUCCGCCUCCAAUUCUUUGACCUAAUCGACGCUCCCUAUUUGGAACUCGAUGCCAAACUUAUAGACGAUGUCUGGGUACCUGACUUGUAUUUCACUAAUGAGAAAUCAGCCUUUUCCCAUGACGUCACAGUUGCUAAUAAGAUGAUGCACCUAUACUCUAAUGGUCGUGUGGUGUAUCGACAAAGAGUUUCAGUGACCGCUUCCUGUCCAAUGAAACUCCACAAGUACCCAUUCGAUUCCCAAGUCUGCUCACUGUACAUUCAGAGCUUUGCCUAUACACUCGGACGACUACGGUUUAGGUGGCGGUCUAUGGACCCAGUGCGGACAAAUACAAACAUUGAGCUACCACAGUUCAAACUGACGCGACAUCUGGUAAAGGACUGUACCGAAAACGGCGGCUCGUCAAUCGCAGAGCUACAAAAUUUUACGUGUAUCCAGAUGGACGUUCACCUGGUCCGGUAUCUUGGUUUCUUCAUGAUUCAGGUCUACGUCCCUACUACUCUGAUAGUGCUGCUGUCGUGGGUAUCGUUCUGGCUAAGUAUAGACGACGUGCCUGCCCGGGUAUCUCUGGGUAUUCUUACCGUUCUCACCAUUACCACACAGAAAACCAGCUCCGCGGCCGCUGUGCCGCAAGUGUCUUAUGUCAAAGCCCUAGACGUCUGGAUGGCCAUAUGUCUUCUCUUUGUCUUUGUUGCUUUCCUGGAAUAUCCAUGUGUGUAUGUCCUAAAGAAUCGAGAAGUACACAUUCGGCAAAAGAAAUCUGGCAGGCUAAGAGCAGCCGGCGUCACUGCCUCAGCUAACUCAAAGAAGAUUGAAGAUAACGGGAAUUCACACAACGGCAGCAUGACGACGGGACGAUUUAUUGAUGACAUUUCAAAAUUAAUAUUUCCUGCGAUAUUUCUUACGAUCAUUAUAAUAUAUUGGGUUGUUUAUACUAUUUGAUAUCGGAUUCUAUAUAUCUUCCGUAUAAAAUAUAGCAUUGCUUAUAAACUGGCAUCUAAAUUUCCUUUGAAGUAGAUCCACCAUCGUGUGACGUUAUGUUCCGAAAUAGAAUGUUUUGUUACCGCACUAACCUCUAAUAUCGUAUCGAGUUCUUUCUUUCCAUAUUUUUGUAGUCAUUGUUUAUAGAUGUACAUAUAAUGUGCAAAUUAUCCAGCUUUACAUAUUUUCGUUUGUUUUUGAUUUUUGUUUUGCUAAAUUU